GCUGACCAGUUGUCAUGUGCAAUAUAUCACAAGAUGGCAUCGAACUCACAAUCGUCCCCGGAAAAAGAUUUCGAAGCUACUUACAAAAUACUAGUGUUAGGUGAUAGCGGGGUUGGAAAAACAUGCUUGAUUUUUAGGUUUGCUGAGGAUAUAUUUUCUGAUAGUUAUAUCUCAACUAUAGGUAUCGAUUGCAGAAGUAGGGUGGUUGAUUUAGAUGGACAGAGAAUAAGACUACAAAUAUGGGACACUGCUGGCCAGGAGAGAUUCCGCACACUGACAAGCGCAUAUUACAGAGGAGCUAUGGGUAUUCUGCUUGUGUAUGAUAUAACGACUGAAGAUUCAUUUAAGCACAUCUCUCAGUGGCUUCAAAAUAUCGAAGAUAAUGCAUCACCUAAUGUAUGUAAAGUACUUCUUGGUAACAAGCUAGAUGCUGAAGAUGAACGUGUUAUUGACGCCCAGCGCGGAAGAUCUCUAUGCGAAUAUGUUGGAGAAGACAAUAAUCUAGAAUUUUACGAAGCGAGUGCAAGAACAGGAGAAAAUGUUCAACAGGCAUUUAUGGCAGUUGCAAGAAAAAUCAAGGAACAACGAGAAAGACAGGGAAUGCGCUUCCAAUACAACGAGGGAUUCGCACCUAUAACGGGGGAGGAAGAGAAAACACAGUCGCGGGGUUGCUGUGGUACCUAAUACAAUCCUUAUAUUUGCGUGACGUCAUUAUACAAUGCCACAGUAGUCUCUGGCAGGCAUUAAGCCGUUGAAAGAAUAAUGAACAAUACCACAAAUUCUGGACGAAAAGCUUUCACUCGGGCUUGCUUCAAAUCCUAUUCUAGAUCUGGAUCAUGAUCUCCCUCGCCCGCUAUUGGAGGAACAGUGGUUCCUCUGUUUAGCAGCCACCCUCGGGACCGUGCAUGUGCUGGGAAAGCUUACCUUCAGUUAGAAACCGUCACAACAUGUUGGAGUUAUGCUGUGUUACUUGAAUGCUCGCUUAACGUCAAAUUUGUGUCUCUCUCAAAAAUAACUUUUACAUUCUUUCUUUCAAAAAUGGGAUUUUCAUGUACCACUGUUGGUCCGUGUAAGAAUUGUUAAGGGCUCAGCAAUGUUGCCCUGCUUUGCGUUGUGGCCAACCGAGCCUAUGUCAACGAGUUUGGUUGAUGCCUCCAUUGGUCAGUAGAUAAAUCGAGAGAGCGGACUCUACGUCCAAAAAAGCUAUCCUAAAAAGUUAUCCUAAGAAGCUUGCGUAUAUAAAAAUGAUUCCAGCUUUGAUAUGAAUAACAAUAUUAUUAGCAUGUUUAUCAAGAUUGAUACGCUAGGUUAAUUAAAUGUUUGAAAUAUUUUACCAAAAAAUAAAAAACUCAUUGAUGUCGA